CCCGCCACCUCCCCCCGGUUUCUCAUUCCUGCCACUAGCGCGCUCGGCGGCUCAUUCCGCGGCCGCCGCCAGCCGAGGGGAGCGUCGCUAGCAGAAGCCGCGGGGGCCGCUCGCAGCCGCCGCCGACUUGUGAAUGGGACCCGGACUCGGGCCGGGGCUGACACCGCUGCGCUCGCCCUGCGCCAGGGACCGACGGCCGGAGCUCGCGCCCACCCUCCAGGGCCCCAGAAAUUCCUGUAUUUUUGGCUCCGUGGCCCUGUGACGCUCAUUCCUGUUGUUAUUUGUUGAGUGACCAAUCAGAUGGGUGGAGUGUGUUAUAGAAAUUGGCAGCAAGUAUCCAAUGGGUGAAGAAGAAGCCGACUGGGGAAGUGGGCAGCCCUGACGUGAUGUGCUCAGCGAGCAGAGACAUUCCACUCCAAGAGAGGUCUGCGUGACACGUCUGGGAGGCCGCCAUCGGCCGGGCCACCAUACAGUUGGUGGAAGAGGUGACAGCUGCAUUCUCCUGUGCCUACCACGUAACCAAAAAUGAAGGAGAACUACUGUUUACAAGCCGCCCUGGUGUGCCUGGGCAUGCUGUGCCACAGCCAGGCCUUCACCACGGAGCGGCGGAGCCACCUGCGACCCUCGUUCCAUGGGCACCACGAGAAGGGCAAGGAGGGGCAGGUGCUGCAGCGCUCCAAGAGAGGCUGGGUCUGGAACCAGUUCUUUGUGAUAGAGGAGUACACCGGGCCUGACCCCGUGCUCGUGGGCAGGCUUCAUUCCGAUAUUGACUCUGGUGAUGGGAACAUUAAAUACAUUCUCUCAGGUGAAGGAGCUGGAACCAUUUUUGUGAUUGAUGACAAAUCAGGGAACAUUCAUGCCACCAAGACAUUGGACCGAGAGGAGAGAGCCCAGUACACGCUGAUGGCUCAGGCGGUGGACAGAGACACCAACCGGCCGCUGGAGCCUCCCUCAGAAUUCAUCGUCAAGGUCCAGGACAUUAAUGACAACCCUCCUGAGUUCUUACAUGAGACCUAUCACGCCAACGUGCCGGAGAGGUCCAACGUGGGAACGUCAGUAAUCCAGGUGACAGCUUCAGAUGCAGAUGACCCUACCUAUGGGAACAGCGCCAAGUUAGUAUACAGCAUCCUGGAAGGACAACCCUACUUUUCAGUAGAAGCACAGACAGGUAUCAUCAGAACAGCCCUUCCCAACAUGGACAGGGAAGCCAAGGAGGAGUACCAUGUGGUGAUCCAGGCCAAGGACAUGGGUGGACAUAUGGGUGGACUCUCAGGGACAACCAAAGUGACGAUCACACUGACCGAUGUCAAUGACAACCCACCAAAGUUUCCGCAGAGCGUAUACCAGAUGUCUGUGUCAGAAGCAGCUGUCCCCGGGGAGGAAGUAGGAAGAGUGAAGGCUAAAGACCCAGACAUUGGAGAAAAUGGCUUAGUCACAUACAAUAUUGUUGAUGGAGACGGUAUGGAAUUAUUUGAAAUCACAACGGACUAUGAAACACAGGAGGGCGUGGUGAAGCUGAAAAAGCCUGUAGAUUUUGAAACCAAAAGAGCGUACAGCUUGAAGGUAGAGGCAGCCAACGUGCACAUCGACCCCAAGUUCAUCAGCAACGGGCCUUUCAAGGACACUGUGACGGUCAAAAUCGCAGUAGAAGAUGCUGAUGAGCCCCCCAUGUUCUUGGCCCCAAGUUACAUCCAUGAAGUCCAAGAAAAUGCACCCGCUGGCACUGUGGUUGGGCGAGUGCAUGCCAAAGACCCUGAUGCUGCCAACAGCGCGAUAAGGUAUACAAUCGAUCGUCAUACUGACCUCGACAGGUUUUUCACUAUUAAUCCAGAGGAUGGUUUUAUUAAAACUAUGAAACCUAUGGAUAGAGAGGAAACUGCCUGGAUCAACAUAUCUGUUUUUGCAGCAGAAAUCCACAAAGGGCAUCAGGAAGCCAAAGUCCCAGUGGCCAUUAGGGUCCUCGAUGUCAAUGAUAAUGCUCCCAAGUUUGCUGCCCCUUAUGAAGGCUUCAUCUGUGAGAGUGACCAGACCAAGCCACUUUCUAACCAGCCAAUUGUUACAAUUAGUGCAGAUGACAAGGAUGACACAGCCAAUGGACCAAGAUUUAUCUUCAGUCUACCCCCUGAAAUCAUUCACAAUCCAAAUUUCACAGUCAGAGACAACAGAGACAACACCGCAGGCGUGUAUGCCCGGCGCGGAGGGUUCAGUCGGCAGAAGCAGGAUUUGUACCUCCUGCCCAUCGUGAUCAGCGAUGGUGGAAUCCCACCCAUGAGUAGCACCAACACCCUCACCAUCAAGGUCUGCGGGUGUGACGUGAAUGGGGCGCUGCUCUCCUGCAAUGCCGAGGCCUACAUCCUGAACGCCGGCCUGAGCACGGGGGCACUGAUCGCCAUCCUUGCCUGCAUCGUCAUUCUCCUGGUCAUCGUAGUGUUGUUUGUGACCCUGAGAAGACAAAAGAAAGAACCGCUCAUCGUCUUUGAGGAAGAAGAUGUCCGUGAGAACAUCAUUACCUAUGAUGAUGAAGGGGGUGGGGAAGAAGACACAGAAGCCUUUGAUAUCGCCACCCUCCAGAAUCCUGACGGUAUCAAUGGAUUUAUCCCUCGCAAAGACAUAAAACCCGAGUAUCAGUACAUGCCUAGGCCUGGGCUCCGGCCAGCGCCCAACAGUGUGGAUGUGGAUGACUUCAUCAACACGAGAAUACAGGAGGCGGAUAAUGAUCCCACCGCCCCUCCUUAUGACUCCAUCCAAAUCUAUGGGUACGAAGGCAGGGGCUCGGUGGCCGGGUCUCUGAGCUCCUUAGAGUCUGCCACCACAGAUUCAGACUUGGACUAUGACUACCUGCAGAACUGGGGACCUCGGUUUAAGAAACUAGCAGACUUGUAUGGUUCCAAAGACACUUUUGAUGACGACUCUUAACAAUAACGCUACAAAUUUGGCCUUAAGAACUGUCUGGCGUUCUGAUGAAUCUAGAAGAUAUGGAAACAGGUAUUUUUUUAAAUCAAGGAAUGGCUCAUUUAAAACAAGCAAAGUUUUACAGAGAGGAUACAUUUAAUAAAACUGCAAGGACAUCAAAGUGGUAAAUACUGUGAAGUACCUUUUCUCACCAAAAGGCAAAUGUUGAGGUUGUUGAUCAACUUCGCUAGAGAAAAAAACCACUUGGCAUACAAAAUAUUUAAGUGAAGGAGAAGUCUAAUGGUGAACUUACAAUGAAGGGAAAUUGUUUAUGUGUUAUGAACAUCUAAGUCUUUUUUUUUUUUUUAAUAUGUCAAAGAAGCUUCCACAAAAUUAGAAAGGACAACAGUUCUGAGCUGUAAUUUCGCCUUAAACUAUGGACACUCUAUAUGUAGUGCAUUUUUAAACUUGAAAUAUAUAAUAUUCAGCCAGCUUAAACCCAUACAAUGUAUGUACAAUACAAUGUACAAUUAUGUCUCUUGAGCAUCAAUCUUGUUACUGCUGAUUCUUGUAAAUCUUUUUGCUUCUACUUCCAUCUUAAACUAAUACGUGCCAGAUAUAACUGUCUUGUUUCAGUGAGAGGCGCCCUAUUUCUAUGUCAUUUUUAAUGUAUCUAUUUGUACAAUUUUAAAGUUCUUAUUUUAGUAUACAUACAAAUAUCAGUAUUCUGACAUGUAAGAAAUGUUACGGCAUCACACUUAUAUUUUAUGAACAUUGUACCUUUGCUUUAAUAUGAGCUUCAAUAUAAGAAGCAACCUUUGAAAUAAAAAAGAUUCUUUUUUAAUUCUGGGUUUGAGUCUUAACAUUGAAAAAAAUUAAAAGCAUUCCUAAUGACCCAUUUAUAUUUCUAAUUUAAGAUAAUUGUGAUCUUUUAAUAACCCUAUUUAUGAUCUGUUGUAGUCUGCUGCUUUUAUUGUUUAUUUAAAAUCAGAUAUGCUUUGCAAAUGUUUUUUCAGACAAGAUUCUGUAACAUCGUGUAAAGCUUUUGUACAUUCUCGCUGUUAGCUUCCUGGCUUCUCUUCGCACCCAUCUUCUGAAAAGAAAGGAUGGUAAAGAUCUAGGUCAGUCAAUGAUUUUCUAAUACUUGUUAUAUAAUAUGCAUUUGUCUUAUAUAUCAGUAAUUCGAUGGUUCUGAGAGACGGAUCCAUGAGGGAAUGAAAUUAUCAGAACUCUAAAGUUCAAGAUGCAGAUUUUAUGCCCCAUACCGAGCAUUUGGGGGUUGGGAGAGUAACAAGUCAAAAAUAUAAAUUUGCCACGUGUACUUAUCAGACCUCCUAUGUUAUUCUAUUUUUCCUCACUUUGAUCUUACCAGGCUUAUCAUAAUGACUCUGACAGUUGAAACUGCUUGUUUUUCCUCCUGUAGUUUUAACUGCUCUUAACAUAAUGUGGCAUUUUAAAUUUUGAUAAAAGAAAGAGCAAUUCAUUUCCAAAUCUUUGUUUUAAAAUAUGCUUGAUUUUAAAAUAAGCUCAGAAUGAGGGCAGGGACCAUGGUGGAUUCUGAGGGUCAAUGCCAUUUGAUCCGCGAGUAUACUUACAGUCUCCUGCAGCCCCAGCCAGCCGCCUGGGGAUUGGGACUUCUGUGAAGAACACUUCACCUGCUCAGUUGGGCCAAAGGUCAAACAUAGCAAUACUCGGGGAAGGACCACUCAGUACUUCCCCACUUUCCCCCUAGACACAGGGCAGACGCUUUCUCUUGAAUCGCAGACAAUUUUUAGAUAAUCUUUGGUUUUUUUUUACUUUAUUGUGAAAGUUUGUUUCAAGCAUUUCUUGAUAUCCUGCUAUGUACUAUUUUUAUGACACAGUCAAAUGCAUACGAAGAGAAAUGUUUUUAUGAAGUGUUCACUUCCAUUAUACUCUACAUUUAAAUCAAAUUGAACACUUCAGUGGGAUAAAUUCUGUGGGCAAUGUCACAGUGGAAUCUUUCAUUUCAGUGAAGGAUUGCACACUCUCAAUACUUCCAUAAUUGCAGGUUUUGUUCAUUUUUUGUAUAGUUUUUAUAAUCCAAAGAAUAUUUUGCUAGAUUUGCACAGAUCUCCAAUUGAAUUUGAAAUGAAGGCAUAACUCAAAAGGAAUAUGAAUAGCACUUAAACAAGUAUACAGCUGUAAGUAACCCCGUCACCACGGAUGAUCCUUUUUUCUAGGAAUGUAUUUGGAUUAGAUUUGACAACUACAUUUUCACAUUUUUAUGUUUAAGUUU